UGUUUUUUUCGCAUGCAAAUUAAUACUUCCACCAAGUAAGACAAGUUGGUAUCUUCGGAAGGCUAUAUAGGUAAGUUGCUCGCUUAUUAACGACAGAAUAAGUUAGGGCUUGCUUCUGUGAUCGUUUGGAAAGUGAAACAUGGGAAUCGUUAGCCUAAUCCAGGGCACUUGUAUAAUUCUUUCGCUUUUGAUUGAUUGUGGAAGAAGCGAACUGUAUCCAUCCAUUCAAUGGACAAGACAUAAUCCAAAGUAAGUUCCCCUUAGAAAAGUUUGCGUUUUGUGGCUAUUCAACACCUCAGAUAACACAUAACAGCCAAAUAGUUGAUAAGCAGCCACCGAGGAAUAUCGGUGAUUCGUUUGUCACUGUCAAAAUGUUACCAAAGUUCUCAUUGUAUUUUAGAGAUAAGGGCAAUUUUGCACCACGUGUUUUAAUCAACAAAGACGUUUACAGCUUAAUAAUUUCGAUGACUAAUUUAUGGUUGUGUGCAUAUCUUUGAAUAACGCUGAACCUCAUGCAAUGAGGAACAAGAUCGAUGUUUUCGCUUUGUUUAGCUGAAUCUUUGCUGUGAUUUGAACGAUAAGAGCAGUAACUGAUGUUCUCUUUCUGUUCUCUGUCUAAUACACUCUGUUUGUGAGAACAAAGAAAGAUUAUCAUUUGCAAAUACGACACAAGUUUAUUAGGGUGGAUUAGCGAUAAACUUAUGCGAAUGAAAUUUUAAGUUCCUGCCGCUUUGAUAUUGCCCACGAAUGCCAUCUUUUAUGUUCAUGCUUUCGGAAGCUCUUGGAAAACAACUUAUAAACAUCUAGUUUGAAGUACAGCGAUGAAAUUUUGGAGAAAUUGUCGAAAUUUACACAAAUUUACACAAGACAACUAAUAUUUACUUCUACUGCAAUUUUACUUUCUCAGCCGGAAAACCAGCUCCUUCUCACACCCUUUCCUGUUUCUUUGUCUACAUUUCUGCUGAAAGAAGACCGGUACGUUGCUUUGCUUAAGGACAACCUGCCAAAAUUUAGUCAAUAAUUUAAAAGCAUGUAGAAAGGAAACACUCCAAUGAAUUUUACGAGAACAAAUGGACUUUCAAGGGCAGAAUGAUUCCCUUCUGUCACCAGUCCUCAAAAACUUACUUCCAUCUCGAUAAAAAAGGAAAUACAAGAAUUUAACUAAUUUCGGUUCACUAAAUUUACCAUCUAGUGCAUCCAGCUAACGAGGUUUUGGUUGUACACAAUCAAAAUCGUUACACACCCUGCAUUUUGGCGAAAAUCCCCUAUGUACCCAAGGAUAGUGAACUGCGAUCAUAUCAGUUAUCAUUAAAUUUUCGACUUUGUACAGCGACGGAAAAAUAAAUUUGCAGCACUACAUAUCUUUUAUUUUUAGCAAGUUAUGGUUUCCAGCAUCAUACUUGUUUUAUCCAAUUCGUGAAGGUCUUGAAGAUCGACUUAAAGUACGUAUCUGUUUAGCAAACUGUUCAUUUUUUAGUCGAUGACGUAAUCAGUUACCACUUGAAUUUCGCUUUUACACAGCUCUCUACUUGGCAUGCCUAAGGAGGAACGUUACAUUAAGAUACAAAGAAAAAAGCUUUCGCUUGCUAUUAAGAUAUAUCUGUUGCAAAUCUGUUUCAUGUAAAUUUCGAACCAUGAUUAUUCAAAUUUUAUUUUAUUUUGGUAAUUAGCAUUAGACCUGUUGUUAUUACUUCUCUACCAUUACAAGGGCUUGCACUAGAUCUAAAAAAUUGCUGGUAUUAGUUUUUAAUUUCUCUAAUAUGGUAUUGAAGUUGGCCUUGGCUUCGCUUCGUCGGAGCAGAAAGUAAAAACAUCACGUGAGUGCCAAAACAGUUGCUGGAUAUUUGUUGAUGUUGAUAGCUGCCAUGUUGAUGGGAGAUCUUUUUAAUCGGUUGCCGAGUAACAAGCUUAGGCAAAAUGACAAUUGCUGAAAGAACACCGAUUAUGAGAAACAUUUAGCCAUUGGUUUUCCUUAAUGCAGGUUUCCCUUGAUCUUGCCUGUUGUUAUAGGUCUAAACAGGAUAUUUGUCUGACACAGAUUUUGCUUACUCGUGAUUGCCUUUGCAUCACGCCAAUUUAUAGCGAUGAUACCUGCUGCAUGCAUAGAAUGACGUGCAUUUUGUUUCUGCUGGUCACACUGAUUCCCAGCUUACCGAACAAGCCUCGUACUUUUGUCUGCUCCGCUGAAAAACGUUAACUAAACGCUCAUUAAUUAUGCUUGUAUUACAUGCAUGCAUCCAUAUAUGAUAAUAAUAGAGCCCUUACUUCAGCUAAAAAGCUUUUGAUAUGAUAUAAGAUGUUGACUAUGAUUAUACAGUUUUUAGCUUAUCAGUCUAGAGCUCUUAGAAACAUUACGGUAUUUUGAUACAAGAGAAAACACGAGUUAAUAAUGAACGACUAUACAUCUAAGUGGAGGUGACAAGACAACUCCUCACAGUUUUCCUUGAGCUUCGCUCCCGGAAAACUGUUUGCAUCGUGGAGCAAAUAAUGUCCACGGGCAAAUAUCUGUGCCUUUUUUUCGCGCCAAGUAGAGACUUUUGUUAUCUCGCCACUGACACUGAGUUUAUAAUAAAACACUUAGAUAAUAUGGCAUGAAAAGAAGAUUUUAAUUAAUUCAUUCCUGCAAUGAUUACAAUAUCGCGCAAAUUCUGCUUGAGUCGCUCGCGGGUGAAUAGCAAAGGAUAUCCAGCUGUUUAGAGCCUAGAAAAGAACGGAUAACGCUUUGCAGCUGAUAAAUCGCUCUCUGGGGAAUGGGCGUAACCAAAAGAUACUGCUCUUUCUACCGGAUAGAGAUCUAUUCAGUGAAUAACGAAAAACUGGAGCCUGGACGCGAAUUCUCGACCUUAUUAACAAAUCAGACUCAUUCGAUCAUUUCCAUUUUCUUUUUGUAGAUUCGUAUCGAAUAGGACACAAUGCGUUCACCCAAUGUCUAAAGUGAUCUUCGUGUGCCCAAACACAGCUACAAUAGUAAAAAGACUCGUUCACAGUAGUUAUGUAGAUCCUCAGUACGAAAAUCUGUGGCUGGUCAGCAAACAAAGCUACGAGCGGUGUGUAAUAGAUACGACAACUGAUACAAGACUAUGGCUGUGCGACGAACCGCUUAAACUGAAAUAUUACACCGUGACUUUUAAAAGAUUCAGCGCCAGCAAGGAGCCCGAAUUUCAGCCAGGAAAAUAUUACUAUUUUAUAGGUAGGUCCCACCAUUUCAAAUUACACGAUAAGCUGAAUAACGCACGCUUUUUGAUUGGUUCUCGUUUAUGAGCCUUUGGAGGAGAAUGCGUCGAUGACGUCACCAUAACAAGUUUAUGCUUGUUGUUGUUUUAAAUUAUAGAUUUCAUUUUGCCAUGAGUCUGUUUCGCAGUAACAGAGCACAGAAAAACGUGGAAAAAUAAUGAUCACUUAUCUUCCAAAUUUUUUGUUUUGACCACAUAUUUGACAUCAUCUGUGAUCUAUUACUGAAUAGACGCACGUAGCCUACGUGUAGCCGUAGCCUUCCCCCCAAGGUGAAACACGUAGGCUAAGACGCACGGUAAUGACUUCCGAUCAAAAUGUGAAUCACUGACAUCAUCAACAGUCCUUUUCCAGAACCCCGCUGACGCAGAUGAUCACACACGCAACAACCCCCCACCGCCCUCUUCUCUCCACCUCCAUACCUCGAACUAUUUACACAUACAGGUACGGUUGCGGAAAAAAAAAGGAAUUAUUAAGACAGUCACUUUUCCCUGCCUUCUUUCAAAGUUAUAAAUUUUCCCUGACUCAAAGUUAAAUUCCCUGUUUUUCCAAGACAAUUGUGCCUAACAUUAUCAACUAUGCCUAACAUUACUGGAAACUAUGGAAUCUAUGACGUACGAAGCUGAAAAGGUCUAUUGAGCGGGAAGGUUCAGGUUACUUGGUGAGGUGUAUGAAGUUCUGUGAAAAAAUUUUUAACAGUUUUAAGUUUUUUUAUCGACUAGCAACUUCAGAUGGAAAAAAAGAGUCCCUCAACAGUUCGUCUGGUGGAAACUGUCGAACAAACAGAAUGAAGCUGAAAUUCUAUGUUUGCACAAGCAAAGCAGGCAAGUCGCCGUUAAAACUUUCAAGAAGAAGCCCUCUCGUUUGGAAGAAGGAAAAAAAGAGGGCUGAUUUACUAUGCCACAACUGCUUCCGGGGUCACAAAAUUAAUUGA